CGGUGCCCUCUGCUUUGCCACCCGCACCAUGGUGGCAGGGAUGCUGAUGCCGCUGGAGCGGCUCCGCUCCAUCCUGGAGCUGCUGUUCCGUGAGGGCGUUCUGGUGGGGGAGCGGGACGGGUGCCCCCGGCGCACCCACCCGCAGCUGCCCGGCGUGGCCAACGUGGAGGUUCGGCGCGCCAUGGCCUCGCUGCACUCCCGCGGCCUCGUGCGCCAGACGGCCGCCUGGCGACACCUCUACUGGUACCUGACCGACGCCGGCAUCGCCCACCUGCGCCAGUACCUGCGCCUGCCGCCCGACGUUGUCCCGCGCUCCCUGCAGCGCGUCCCGCGCCCCGCCGCCCCACGCCCCGACACCCGCCGUGCCACCACCGGCACCGGCACCCACCGGGUACGUCCCACCGGCGGCGACCGGCUCUACCGCAGGAAGGACGAGGGCGAGCGGCACGUGGAGCCCGUCACCGUCGCUGCAGGGCAGGGGCUGUCCCAGCUGCCCCCGCAGCCCAGCCCGGCCGCAGAUGAGCGAGAUCGUGUCCAGAAGAAAACUUUCACCAAAUGGGUCAACAAGCACCUCAUCAAGGCGCAGCGCCAUGUCAACGACCUAUACGAGGACCUGCGGGACGGGCACAACCUCAUCUCGCUGCUGGAGGUGCUCUCGGGGGACACACUGCCCCGGGAGAAGGGCCGGAUGCGCUUCCACAAGCUGCAGAAUGUCCAGAUUGCCCUCAACUACCUGAAGCAUCGGCAGGUGAAGCUGGUGAACAUUCGGAACGAUGACAUCGCCGACGGCAACCCCAAGCUGACGCUGGGGCUCAUCUGGACCAUCAUCCUCCACUUCCAGAUCUCAGACAUCCAGGUGACGGGGCAGUCUGAGGACAUGACGGCCAAGGAGAAGCUGCUGCUGUGGUCGCAGCGGAUGGUGGAGGAUUACCAGGGCCUUCGCUGCGACAACUUCACCACCAGCUGGCGGGACGGGCGCCUCUUCAACGCCAUCAUCCACCGGCACAAGCCGAUGCUGAUCGACAUGAGCCGGGUGUAUCGUCAGAGCAACCUGGAGAACCUGGACCAGGCCUUCACCGUGGCCGAGCGGGACCUGGGUGUGACGCGGCUGCUGGACCCCGAAGACGUGGACGUGGCGCAGCCAGACGAGAAGUCCAUCAUCACUUACGUGUCCUCACUGUACGAUGCCAUGCCGCGUGUGCCCGAGGUGCAGGACGGCGUCAAGGCCAACGAGCUGCAGCUGCGCUGGCAGGAGUACUACGAGGUGGUGACGGGGCUGCUGCAGUGGAGCCGGCAGCACUCGACGCUCUUCGAGGAGCGUCGCCUCCCCGCCAGCUACGAGGAGAUCGAGAUCCUCUGGCGCCAGUUCCUCAAGUUCAAAGAGACGGAGCUGCCGGCCCGGGAGGCCGACAAGAACCGCUCCAAAGCCAUCUUCCAGGCGCUGGAGGGCGCGGUGCAGUCGGGGCAGCUGAAGGUGCCCCCCGGGUACCACCCGCUGGACGUGGAGAAGGAGUGGGGGUGGCUGCACGUGGCUGUGCUGGAGCGGGAGAAGCUGCUGCGGGCAGAGUUCGAGAGGCUGGAGCGGCUGCAGCGCGUGGUCACCAAGCUGCAGAUGGAGUCGGGGAUCUGCGAGGAGCAGCUGAACCAGGCGGACGCUCUGCUGCAGGCGGACGUGCGGCUGCUGGCAGCGGGGAAGGCACCACAGAAGGCGGCUGAGGUGGAGCGGGACCUGGACAAGGCCGAUGCCAUGAUCCGGCUGCUCUUCAAUGAUGUCCAGAGCCUCAAGGACGGGCGGCACCCGCAGGGCGAGCAGAUGUACCGCCGGGUGUACCGGCUGCACGAGCGCCUGGUGUCCAUCCGCACCGAGUACAACCUGCGGCUCAAGUCGGGGGCGGCGGUGACGGCGGUGACGGCGGUGACGGCCGCGUCCGUGGCCUCGGGGCAGCGGCGGCCGGAGCCGGACGAGGCACCGCUGCGGUACCUGCAGGACCUGCUGGCCUGGGUGGAGGAGAACCAGCGGCGCGUGGCCACGGCCGAGUGGGGCGCGGACCUGCCCACCGUGGAGACCCACCUGGGCGCCCACCGAGGGCUGCACCGCGCCAUCGAGGAGUUCCGCGCCAAGGUGGAGCGGGCGCGGGCCGACGAGACCCAGCUGUCCCCUGGCCCCCGCGGCGCCUACCGGGAGUCCCUGGGCAAGCUGGAGCUGCAGUACGCCAAGCUGCUGAACUCCUCCAAGUCGCGGCUGCGGCACCUGGAGAGCCUCCACGGCUUCGUGAGCGCCGCCACCAAGGAGCUGCUGUGGCUCAGCGAGCGCGAGGAGGAGGAGGUGGCCUUCGACUGGAGCCACCACAACCCUGCCAUGGCUGCCAAGAAGGAGAGUUACUCGGCGCUGAUGCGGGAGCUGGAGCUGCGGGAGCGUCGGAUCCAGGAUCUGCGGAGCUCGGGGGAGCGGCUGCUGCGUGAGGAGCACCCCGGGGCACAGACACUGGAGGCGUUCCUGGCGGCUCUGCAGACCCAGUGGAGCUGGAUGCUCCAGCUCUGCUGCUGCAUCGAGACCCACCUGAAGGAGAACACCAACUACUUCCAGUUCUUCAGCGAGGUGCGAGAGACCGAGGAGCUGCUGCGGAAGACGGAGGAGACGAUGCGGCGCAAGUUCAGCUGCGACCGCGGCACCACGGCCACGCGCCUCGAGGACCUACUGCAGGACCUCGCGGAGCAGAAGGAGCAGCUGGCAGAGCUGGGGACGCAGCUGGGGGGUCUCGCCCGCCGUGCCAGGACCAUCGUGCAGCUGAAGCCGCGGAGCCCCGGGACCCCCCUGCAGGGCCGGCCCCCCAUCCAGGCCGUCUGUGACUACAAGCAAAUGGAGGUGACGGUGCACAAGAACGACACGUGUGCCCUGCUGAACCACUCGCAGCCGCAGCAGUGGCGGGUGCUGAGCGCCGGCGGCAGCGAGGCCGUCGUGCCCUCGGUCUGCUUCCUCCUGCCGCCCCCCAACAAGGAGGCUCUGGAUGCUGUGCACAGGCUGGAGACCACCCACCAGCAGCUGCUGGGGCUGUGGCAGCGGCUGCACCAGGACCUGCGCAGCCUCCGCGCCUGGCAGUACCUGACCCGGGACAUCCAGCAGAUCCAGUCCUGGACGCACAUCACGUUCCGGACGCUGCCGGCAGAGGAGGUGCGGCAGGUCCUGCGCAGCCUGGAGAGCCACUACCAGGAGUUCCUGCGGGACAGCCAGGACGCCCAGAGCUUCCAGCCCGACGAUCGGCUGCAGGUGGAGCGUGACUACAACGCCUGCACCCACAAAUACGAGCUGCUGCUGCGCAGCCAGGAGAAAGGAGAGCAGGACGAGUCGCUGUGCAAGAGCUACAUCUCGCAGCUGAAGGACAUCCGGCUGCAGCUGGAGAGCUGCGAGAGCCGCACCGUGCACCGGCUGCGCCUGCCCCUGGACGCCGACCCGCUGCGGGAGUGUGCCCAGCGCCAGGCCGAGCAACAGCAAACCCACCUGGAGCUGGAGGGCAUCCAGAAGAACCUGGCCAAGGUCAGCGAGAAGACGGAGCAGGUGCUGGCGCAGCCGGAGCAGGCGGGCUCAGCCCCCGUCCUGCGCUCCGAGCUGGAGGUCACCCUGCGGAAGAUGGAGCAGGUGUACAGCCUCUCCAGCAUCUACCUGGAGAAGCUGAAGACCAUUGGGCUGGUGAUCCGGAGCACGCAGGGGGCUGAGGAGCUGCUCCGCAAGUACGAGGAGCAGCUGAAGGAUGUGCAGGCGGUGCCGGCUGACCUGGCUGAGCUGGAGGCCAGCAAGGCUGAGCUGAAGCGGCUGCGGGCGCAGGCCGAGGGGCACCAGCCCUUCUUCAGCACCCUGGAGACCGACCUCGGCAAGGCCAAGGACGUCAACGAGCGGAUGGUCCGUGGCCACAGCGAGCGGGACGUGGACCUGGAGCGGUACCGGGAGCGGGUGCAGCAGCUGCUGGAGCGCUGGCAGGCCGUGCUGGGCCAGGCCGACCUGCGCCAGCGCGAGCUGGACCAGCUGGGCCGCCAGCUGCGCUACUACCGGCAGAGCUGCGACGCCCUGCGCCAGUGGAUCCGCGACGCCCGGCAGCGCCAGGAGGGCAUCCAGGCCGUGCCCAUCACCGACAGCCGGGCCGUGCGCGAGCAGCUCCUGCAGGAGAAGAAACUGCUGGAGGAGUGUGAGCAGCACAAGGAGAAGGUGGAGGAGUGCCAGCGCUAUGCCAAGCAGUACAUCGAUGCCAUCAAGGACUAUGAGCUGCAGCUCGUGAGCUUCAAGGCACAGGUGGAGCCGAUGGCAUCACCGGCUAAGAAGCCCAAAGUGCAGUCGGCGUCCGACAGCAUCAUCCAGGAGUACGUGGACCUGCGGACGCAGUACAGCGAGCUGACCACGCUCACCACCCAGUACAUCAAGUUCAUCACCGAGACGCUGCGGCGGCUGGAGGAGGAGGAGAAAGCCGCCGAGAAGCUGAAGGAGGAGGAGAGGAAGCGGCUGGCGGAGGUGGAGGCGCAGCUGGAGAAGCAGCGGCAGCUGGCCGAGGCCCACGCCAAAGCCAAGGCGCAGGCGGAGGCGGAGGCACGGGAGCUGCAGCUCCGCAUGCAGGAGGAGGUCACCCGGCGGGAGGUGGUGGCCGUGGACGCCGAGCAGCAGAAGCAGAACAUCCAGCAGGAGCUGAUGCAGCUGCGGCAGAACUCGGACCACCAGAUCAAGUCUAAGGUCAAGCUGAUCGAGGAGGCCGAGUACAACCGCAAGAAGGUGGAGGAGGAGAUCCGCCUCAUCCGCCUGCAGCUGGAGAGCACCGAGAAACAGCGGGAGGGCGCUGAGACGGAGCUGCAGGAGCUGCGGGCGCGCGCCGAGGAGGCCGAGCGGCAGAAGCGACAGGCGCAGGAGGAGGCCGAGCGCCUGCGCCGGCAGGUGAAGGAGGAGAGUCAGAAGAAGCGGGAGGCAGAGGAGGAGCUGAAGCGCAAGGUGCAGGCCGAGCGUGAGGCGGCGCGGGAGAAGCAGAAGGCGGUGGCGGACCUGGAGCAGCUGCGGCUGCAGGCGGAGGAGGCCGAGCGGCGCAUGCGGCAGGCGGAGGCCGAGAAGGAGCGGCAGAUCCUGGUGGCCCAGGAGGUGGCCCAGCGCAGCGCCGAGGCCGAGCUGCAGAGCAAGCGGCUCUCCUUCGCCGAGAAGACGGCGCAGCUGGAGCUGUCGCUGCAGCAGGAGCACGAUGCGGUGGCCCAGCUGCAGGAGGAGGCCGAGCGGCUGAAGAGGCAGCAGCUGGAGGCCGAGCGCUCGCGGGAGGAGGCCGAGAAGGAGCUGGAGCACUGGCGGCAGAAGGCCAACGAGGCGCUGCGCCUGCGGCUGCAGGCCGAGGAGGUGGCCCACAAGAAGUCUCUGGCGCAGGAGGAGGCCGAGAAGCAGAAGGAGGACGCGGAGCGCGAGGCCCGCAAGCGCGCCAAGGCGGAGGAGGCGGCCCUGCGGCAGAAGGAGCUGGCGGAGGAGGAACUGGAGAAGCAGAGGGAGCUGGCGGAGGGCACGGCCCAGCAGAAGCUGGCGGCGGAGCAGGAGCUGAUCCGACUGAAGGCGGAGAUGGAGAACGGGGAACAGCAGCGCCUGCUCCUGGAGGAAGAGCUCUCUCGGCUGAAGAGCGAGGUGAACGAGGCCAUCCAGAGGAGGAAGGAGCUGGAGGAGGAGCUGGCCAAGCUGCGGGCCGAGAUGGAGGUUCUCCUGGAGAGCAAGGCCAAGACGGAGGAGGAGUCGCGCUCCAGCAGCGAGAAGUCGAAGCAGCGGCUGGAGGCGGAGGCCAGCAAGCUGCGGGAGCUGGCCGAGGAGGCCGCCCGCCUGCGUGCCCUCUCUGAGGAAGCCAAGCGGCAGCGGCAGCUGGCAGAGGAAGAGGCCGGCCGGCAGCGGGCCGAGGCCGAGCGCAUCCUGAAGGAGAAGCUGGCGGCCAUCAACGAGGCCUCGCGGCUGAAGGCGGAGGCGGAGAUCGCGCUGAAGGAGAAGGAGGCGGAGAACGAGCGUCUGCGGCGGCUGGCGGAGGAUGAGGCCUACCAGCGCAAGCUGCUGGAGGAGCAGGCGGCUCAGCACAAGCAGGACAUCGAGGAGAAGAUCGCCUUGCUGAAGCGCUCCUCCGAGAGCGAGCUGGAGCGGCAGAAGGGGCUGGUGGAGGACACGCUGCGGCAGCGGCGGCAGGUGGAGGAGGAGAUCCGCGUCCUCAAGGCCAGCUUCGAGAGGGCCUCGGCCGGAAAGAGCGAGCUGGAGCGGGAGCUAAACCGCAUCCGCGGGGAGGCCGAGGAGGUGCAGCGCAGCCGGGAGCAGGCGGAGCGGGAGGCUGAGAGGCAGCGGGCGCUGGCGCUGGAGGAGGAGGGCCGGCGGCGCGAGGCCGAGGAGAAGGUUCAGGCCAUCCUGGCGGCCGAGGAGGAGGCCGGGCGGCAGCGGCGAUUGGCCCUGGAGGAGGUGGAGCGGCUGCGGGCCAUGGUGGAAGAGGCGCGGCGGCAGAAGGAGCUGGCCGAGAAGGAGUCGGAGCGGCAGAUCCAGCUGGCGCGGGAGGCGGCGCAGAAGCGGAUCGCGGCGGAGGAGAAGGCUCACCUGGCCGCCGUGCAGCAGAAGGAGCAGGAGCUGCUGCAGACGCGGCAGCAGGAGCAGAGCCUCCUGGACCGGCUGCGUGAGGAGGCCGAGCGGGCCCGGCGGGCGGCCGAGGAGGCUGAGUUUGCCCGCGGCAAGGCCGAGCAGGACGCCAGCCUGUCCCGGCAGCGCGUGGAGGAGGCCGAGCGGCUGAAGCAGCGGGCGGAGGAGGAGGCGCAGGCCAAGGCGCAGGCGCAGGCGGACGCGGAGAAGCUGCGGAAGGAGGCUGAGCUGGAGGCGGCGAAGCGGGCGCAGGCGGAGCAGGCGGCCCUGCGGCAGAAGCAGCUGGCCGACGCCGAGAUGGAGAAGCACAAGAAGUUCGCUGAGCAGACGCUGCGGCAGAAGGCGCAGGUGGAGCAGGAGCUGACCAAGGUGAAGCUGCAGCUGGAUGAGACGGACCAUCAGAAGGGCAUCCUGGACGAGGAGCUGCAGCGGCUGAAGGAGGAGGUGACGGAUGCCGUCCGGCAGAAGGCCCAGGUGGAGGAGGAGCUCUUCAAGGUCCGGGUGCAGAUGGAGGAGCUGGCCAAGCUGAAGAGCCGGAUCGAGGAGGAGAACAAGGCGCUGAUCCUCAAGGACAAGGACAACACGCAGAAGUUCCUGGCGGAGGAGGCUGAGAAGAUGAAGCAGGUGGCGGAGGAGGUGGCCCGGCUGAGCGUGGAGGCGCAGGAGGCCGCCCGCAUGCGGCAGCUGGCCGAGGACGACCUGGCACAGCAGCGGGCGCUGGCGGAGAAGAUGCUGAAGGAGAAGAUGCAGGCGGUGCAGGAGGCCACACGGCUGCGGGCCGAGGCUGAGAUGCUGCAGAAACAGAAGGACCUGGCGCAGGAACACGCCAAGCGGCUGCAGGAGGACAAGGAGCAGAUGCAGCAGCGCCUGGCUGAGGAGACCGAGGGCUUCCAGAAGACACUGGAGGCCGAGCGCCGGCGGCAGCUGGACAUCACGGCCGAGGCCGAGCGCCUCAAGGUGCAAGUGGCGGAGAUGAGCAUGGCCCAGGCCAAGGCUGAGGAGGAAGCCAAGCGGUUCAAGAAGCAGGCGGAGGAGAUCAGUGAGAGGCUGCACGAGACCGAGCUGGCCACGCAGGAGAAGAUGACGCUGGUGCAGACCCUGGAGAUCCAGCGGCACCAGAGCGAUGAGGAUGCAGAGAAGCUGCGGAAGGCCAUUGCCGACCUGGAGAAGGAGAAGGAGAAGCUGAAGCAGGAGGCGGCGCUACUGCAGCAGAAGGCAGAGGAGAUGCAGGUGGCCCAGCAGGCUCAGCUCCGUCAGGAGACACAGCUCCUCCAGCAGAGCUUCCUGACGGAGAAGGAUGCCCUGCUGCAGAAGGAGAAGUUCAUUGAGGAGGAGAAAUCGAAGCUGGAGAAGCUCUUCAAGGACGAGGUGAACAAAGCCCAGAACCUGAAGGCGGAGCAGGAGAGGCAGCAGCAGGAGAUGGAGCAGGAGAAGCAGCAGUUGAAAGCCAUGUUGGACGAAGCCAAGAAGCAUCAAAAAGAAGCUGAGGAAAAUGUCCGGCACAAGCAGGAGGAGCUGCAGCAGCUGGAGAGGCAGCGGCAGCAGCAGGAGAAACUUUUGGAAGAGGAGAACAAGAAGCUGAGGGAGAGGCUUGAGCAGAUGCAGGAGGAGUACAAGGCCGCCCUGGCCCAGAGACGGGAGAUCAUGAUCCAGACGGACGACCUGCCCGGGGAGGCCGCGGUUACGACGACGCAGCUGCUGGACAUCAAGGCUGUGCCCAACGGCCGGGACGCGAUGGACGGCUUAGCGCAGAAUGGGGAGCCGGAGUUUGCCUUCGACGGCAUCCGGCAGAAGGUGUCGGCAGAGAAGCUGGCUGACGCCGGCAUCCUGAGCAGAGAGAACCUGGACAAGUUGUCGAAGGGAGUUGUGAGUGUGGGCGAGCUCUCGCAGAGGGAGGACAUCAAGAAGUACCUGCAGGGCAAGAGCAGCAUCGCUGGCUUGCUGAUCAAACCCACCAACCAGAAGAUGAGCAUCUACGAAGCCAUGAAGAAGAAGCUGCUCAGCCCGGGCACAGCGCUGGUGCUCCUGGAGGCUCAGGCUGCCUCCGGCUUCAUCAUUGAUCCCGUGCAGAACGUGAGGCUCUCGGUGAACGAGGCGGUGCGAGAGGGUGUGAUUGGGCCAGAGCUGCACAACAAGAUGCUGUCGGCUGAGAGGGCUGUCACUGGCUACAAGGAUCCGUACACGGGCGACAAGAUCUCCCUCUUCCAGGCCAUGACGAAGGAUCUCAUCGUCAGGGACCACGGCAUCCGCCUGCUCGAGGCCCAGAUCGCCACCGGUGGCAUCAUCGACCCCGUGCACAGCCACCGCCUGCCCGUGGAAGCGGCCUACAAACGGGGCUACUUCGACGAGGAGAUGAACCAGGUCCUGUCUGACCCCACUGAUGACACCAAGGGCUUCUUCGAUCCCAACACUCAGGAGAACCUCACCUACCUGCAGCUCAUGGAGCGGUGCGUGACUGACCCGGACACGGGGCUGUGUCUCCUGCCACUCACUGACCAGGCAGCCAAAGCGAGGGAGCAGCUGGUCUACACUGACAAGGAAGCCAAGGACGUCUUCAAGAAGGCCACGGUGACGGCACCGUUUGGCAAGUUCCAAGGGAAGACGAUGACCAUCUGGGAGCUCAUCAACUCUGAAUACUUCACUGAGGACCAAAGGCGGGACCUGAUCCAGCAGUACAGGACUGGCAAGAUCACAGUGGAGAAGAUCAUCAAGAUCAUCAUCACGGUUGUGGAGGAAAGCGAGAAAAAGAGCCAGAUGUGCUUCGAGGGCCUGCGGGCGCCCGUGCCUGCUGCCGAACUGCUGGAAAGCAAGAUCAUCAACAAGGACCUCUACAACCAGCUGCACCAGGGCAAGAAAUCCGUGAAAGAUGUGGCGGAGAUGGAGUCUGUGCGGCAGUACCUGAAGGGCACGGAUGCCAUCGCCGGUGUCCUGGUGGAGUCGACGGGCCAGAAGCUCACCUUCUAUGAGGCCCUGAAGAGAAAUCUGCUGAAGCCAGAGGUUGCCCUCUCCCUGCUGGAGGCACAAGCUGCCACCGGCUACAUCAUUGACCCCGUGGGGAACAAGCUGUUCUCUGUGGAUGAGGCGGUGAAGGCUGAGGUAGUGGGGCCGGAGUUCCACGAGAAGCUGCUGUCGGCGGAGAAGGCGGUGACCGGCUACAAGGAUCCCUACACAGGCCAGACGGUUUCCCUCUACCAAGCGCUCAAGAAGGGCCUCAUCCCCAGUGACACCGGGCUGCGGCUGCUGGACGUCCAACUCGCCACUGGCGGCAUCAUCGACCCUGUCAACAGCCACCGGCUCCCACUCGAGAUCGCCUACAAGCGCGGCUACUUCGACCCGGAGAUAAACGAGGCUCUGACUGAGCUCCGAGAUGACGCCAAGGCUUUCUACUGCCCCAACACCCAGGAACACCUCACCUACGCCCAGCUGCAGAAGAGCUGCCACCGUGAUAAGCAGACUGGCCUCUGCCUGCUGCCCCUGUCCGACAAGGCCAUCCAGUCGCAGCAGGAGGAGGUCUACACCGACAGCCAGGCCAAGGAGUGCUUCGACAAGACCACCAUAGAGGUGCCGGUGGGCAGCAUGAAGGGCCGGACGAUGACCAUCUGGGAUCUGAUCCACUCUGAGUACUUCACAGAGGAGCACAGGCGGGAGCUCCUCCGACAGUACAAAACCGGCAAGGUGACCAUCGAGAAGAUCAUCAAGAUCGUGAUCACCAUCAUCGAGGAGGCGGAGACCAAAAAGCAGGAGAAGCUGACGUUCAGCGGUCUGCGGGCGCCGGUGCCGGCCAGUGAGCUGCUGGAGUCCCGCAUCAUCAGCAAAGCCCAGUACGAGCAGCUGAAGGAAGGCAAGAAGACGGUGAAGGACCUCUCUGAGACAGAUGCAGUGAGGAGGUUCCUGCACGGCAGCGACUGCAUUGCUGGCGUCUACGUGGAGGCCACCAAGGAGAAGCUGAACAUCUAUGAGGCCAUGAAGAGGAACCUGCUGACGCCCGGCACCGCUGUGGUCCUCCUGGAGGCCCAGGCAGCCACUGGGUUCUUGAUCGACCCCGUGAAGAACCGUAAACUGUACGUCAACGAGGCGGUGAAGGCUGGUGUUGUCGGGCCUGAGCUGCACGAGAAGCUGCUCUCAGCUGAGAAGGCUGUCACCGGCUACAAGGACCCCUACUCGGGCGACACCGUCUCGCUCUUCCAGGCCAUGAAGAAAGGGCUGAUCGUCAGGGACCACGGCAUCCGCCUGCUCGAGGCCCAGAUCGCCACCGGCGGCAUCAUCGACCCCGUGCACAGCCACCGCCUGCCCGUGGAGGUGGCCUACAAACGGGGCUACUUCGACCAGGAGAUGAACCAGACCCUCUCCGACCCCACUGAUGACACCAAGGGCUUCAUUGAUCCCAACACCCGUGAGAAUCUCACCUACCUGCAGCUGAAGGAGAGGUGCAUCGAGGAUCCUGAGACGGGCCUGUACCUGCUGCCUCUGCGGGAGCCCGAGAAGCCGAAAGUGGUGGAGACCACCCAGGUUUACACAGAGGCAGAGACGCGGAAGGUGUUCGAGGAGACGCAGGUGGACAUCCCCGUGGGCAGCCGGGCCGGCUCCUCCAUGUCGCUGUGGGAGAUCAUGCACUCGGACCUGCUGCCCGAGGAGCAGCGGAAGCAGCUCAUGGAGGAGUUCCAGUCAGGCCGCGUGUCCAAGGAGCGCAUGAUCAUCAUCAUCAUCGAGAUCAUCGAGAAGACUGAGAUCAUCCGGCAGCAGAACCUCAUGUCCUACGACUACGUCCGGCGCCGCAUCACGGCCGAGGAGCUCUACGAGGCCAAGAUCAUCUCUCAGGACAUCUACAACAUGCUGAAGCAGGGCUCCAAAACCUUCCGGGAGCUCCUGGAGGUGGAGACUGUCUGGAAGUACCUCUAUGGGUCAGGCUGUGUGGCUGGCAUCUACAUCCCCUCCUCCAAGCAGACGCUCAGCGUCUACCAGGCGCUGAAGAAAGGACUGAUCAACUCUGAAGUGGCCCGCUCCCUCCUGGAGGCCCAGGCAGCCACCGGUUUCAUGAUUGACCCCACGAAGAACGAGAUGCUGACGGUCGACGAGGCAGUCAGGAAGGGCGUGGUGGGGCCUGAGAUCCACGACCGGCUCCUGUCUGCAGAGAGAGCCGUGACCGGCUACAGAGAUCCCUACAGCGAACAGAAGAUUUCCCUCUUCCAGGCCAUGAAGAAGGAUCUCAUUCCCAGCGAAGAAGCCCUCAAGCUCCUGGACGCCCAGAUCGCCACCGGCGGCGUCAUCGACCCACACCUGGGCUUCCACCUGCCCCUGGAGGUGGCCUACCAGCGGGGCUUCAUCAACAAGGAGACGCACGACAUGCUCUCGGAGCCCAGCGAGGUGCGCAGCUACGUGGACCCCUCCACGGACGAGAAGCUCAGCUACACGCAGCUGCUGAAGCGCUGCCGGAAGGACGAGAACUCCAGGCUCCUCCUGCUCCCGCUCUGCGACACGCGGAAACUCACCUUCCGGGGGCUGCGGAAGCAGAUCACCGUGGAGGAGCUCGUCCGUUCACAGGUGAUGGACGAAGCCACAGCCCAGCGCCUCCAAGAGGGCCUCACCUCCGUCGAGGAGGUCUCCAAGAACCUCAAGAAGUUCCUGGAGGGCACCAGCUGCAUCGCUGGCGUCUUUGUGGACUCCACGAAGGAGCGUCUGUCCGUCUACCAGGCCAUGAAGAAGGGGAUCAUCCGGCCCGGCACAGCCUUCGAGCUCCUGGAGGCGCAGGCGGCCACGGGCUACGUGAUCGACCCCAUCAAGGGCCUCAAGCUGACGGUGGAGGAAGCCGUGCGGAUGGGCAUCGUGGGCCCCGAGUUCAAGGACAAGCUGCUCUCUGCCGAGAGGGCCGUCACCGGCUACCGGGACCCCUACACUGGAAAGCUCAUCUCCCUCUUCCAGGCCAUGAAGAAGGGUCUGAUCCUGAAGGACCACGGGAUCCGCUUGCUGGAGGCGCAGAUCGCCACGGGAGGCAUCAUUGACCCCGAGGAGAGCCACCGCCUGCCCGUGGAGGUGGCCUACAAGAGGGGCCUCUUUGACGAGGAGAUGAAUGAGAUCCUGCUGGACCCCAGCGAUGACACCAAGGGCUUCUUCGACCCCAACACGGAGGAGAACCUCACCUACCUGCAGCUCAUGGAGCGGUGCAUCACGGACCCAGAGACCAGCCUCUGCCUCCUGCCCCUGAAGGAGAAGAAGCGGGAGAGGAAGACUUCUUCCAAGUCCUCUGUCCGCAAGCGCCGGGUGGUGAUUGUUGACCCGGAGACGGGCAAGGAGAUGUCUGUCUACGAAGCCUAUCGCAAGGGCCUCAUCGACCACCAGACCUACCUGGAGCUGUCGGAGCAGGAGUGUGAGUGGGAAGAGAUCACCACCUCGUCCUCCGACGGUGUGGUGAAGUCAAUGAUCAUCGACAGGCGCUCGGGCCGCCAGUACGACAUCGACGACGCCAUCGGCAAGGGCCUGAUUGACCAGUCAGCCCUGGACCAGUACCGCUCGGGCACCCUCUCCAUCACCGAGUUUGCCGACAUGCUCUCCGGCAACAUGGGUGGCUUCCGGUCGCGGUCAUCCUCAGUGGGAUCCUCCUCCUCCUACACCGUCAGCCCGGCCCUGACACGGACCCAGAUCUCCAUGUGGACCGACCCGACCGAGGAGACCGGGCCGGUGGCGGGCAUCCUGGACACAGACACUCUCGAGAAGGUGUCCAUCACGGAGGCGAUGCGCCGCAACCUGGUGGACAACAUCACGGGGCAGCGGCUGCUGGAAGCCCAGGCCUGCACCGGGGGCAUCAUCGACCCCAGCACCGGUGACAAGUGCUCUGUCGCCGACGCGGUCAACAAGGGCCUGGUCGACAAGAUCAUGGUGGACCGCAUCAACCUGGCGCAGAAGGCCUUCUACGGCUUCGAGGACCCGCGGACCAAGACGAAGAUGUCGGCGGCGCAGGCGCUGAAGAAGGGCUGGCUGUACUACGAGGCCGGGCAGCGGUUCCUGGAGGUGCAGUACCUGACGGGGGGCCUGAUUGAGCCCGACACCGCGGGCCGCGUGUCCCUGGACGAGGCGCUGCAGAAGGGCACCAUCGACGCGCGCACCGCCCAGAAGCUGCGGGACGUCAACACCUACUCCAAGUACCUCACCUGCCCCAAGACCAAGCUCAAGAUCUCCUACAAGGACGCCAUGGACCGGAGUAUGAUCGAGGAUGGGACCGGCCUGCGGCUGCUGGAGGCCUCCUCCCAGUCCAGCAAGGGCUACUACAGCCCCUACAACGUCAGCAGUGCCGGCUCCACCUCCGGAUCCCGCUCGGGCUCCCGCACCGGCUCCCGCGCAGGCUCCCGGCGCGGCAGCUUCGAUGCCACCAGCUCCGGCUUCUCUAUGACCUUCUCUUCCUCAUCCUACUCCUCCUCGAGCUUCGGGCGCAGAUACGCCGGGGGUCCCCCGGGCGCUGUGGAGGCAGCUGCUCUAGCCCUUGCCCUCACCCUGGCUGCAUCCGGGAGCUGUGGGCGGGAGGCGAGCGGGGAGCACCCCGGGGCGUGUGGGCCUCCGCUCCACAGACGAGAGAAAACACACACUACCCUCCCUGCCCUGUGCCCUGGGAGCCGGACGCCGUUCCAGCCCCUGGCUGCGCAGACUCCGCUGCCGCUCGCACACGGAGGAGAUGACCCUGGCCCCACGGUGCCCCACACUGCAGCCGGCGUGCUGGAGGAGGACAUCGCGGGCUCCCCGGCACCAGACAGCCAGACACACCACGCCGGCCCCGGAGCUGCUGCCUGGACCCCUUCCACCCACCCUCAGCGUGGCGAGGAGGGGGCUCUGCGCCCGGCCCCCCAGCUGCCCCAUCUCCCUGCCUUGGCCUCCCAGCACGUCCCUGCCACCGCACCGCGGAGCCGGUGCCCCGACCGUAAGUGCCGCCCCGGUGCCGCCCGGUGCUUCACGCGGGGGGACCUGCCUCCGCUCCGCCGCUUCGCCCACCGAGGGGCUUCGCUGCGCGCCUGCCUCCGCCAGCCCGCCCGCUCACCCGCCCUCCGGGACGCUCCCGCCGUGGCCGGCCGGUCUGUGUCUGCCAGAACCCACGCCCCAGCCCGGUUCCGCGUGGCUCCUGUGCCCAGAGCCCCCCUGGCCACGGGGACUUUCCUGACCCUCGUGAGGGGUGCGGGGGCCCCAGGACCCCCGGAGCAUGGGACGUCUCUUUCCAGUCCCACCAAAGAUGUCCCGGUGCCGCUGGGUGAGCUCCUGAGCUGGGUCUCCGACGUCAGCAGGUCGUGGAUGGGCUCGAGGGGAGCCCGGGAGGCUGCGGCUGCUCGGCGGCGCUCACCAGCACAGUGUGGCUGGAUGUCCAUCUCACCUCCCCUCAUCGCCGCCACGGAGCCCGUCCCCUGCCCCGGGGCGGCCCUGGAGGGGUCCCUCGCCCCCCGCACAUCGGCCUUGGCCACCCGCCCGUCAGGGUGUGAGCGGCAGCACCGCCCCGUCCUGGCCGCGGUCCGGUGCGCGGGACCCGUGGCCGCCGUCCCAAGCGUGGCCGCGGAAGCCGUCCCGGCUGCCAGCUCCCUGUGCCACCGCCCCGGGCACUGCUGGCUCGGCCCCCGCCGCGCCGGGAACGCUCUGAACAGCUUCUCCACAAAGCCCGACCGGCCUCUCCCACGCCCCCCCCUCGCCGGGGCGCUGAACCUCCUCGCGGGCAGGGACCCCGAGACCCCCCCCGGCCGCGCCUCUGGGGCUCGGAGCCCGGGUGCGUUGGCCAAGGGCGGCUCUGCCUCGCGCAGGCACCGGCAAUUCUGUGCCCCGUCGGGCUGUGCCGGGCUCACCGGCGUUGGCAGGGCCGGUGACGCGGUGGGGACAGCGGCGGUGCCGUGUGGGCAGCGCGCAAAGCGACCGUGCUCGCAGCACCGGAGCCGGCAGUGGCUGGUGUGGGUGUCAGUGCAGCGGAUUUUCCAUGGAUCCAUGCACCGCACUGCGAGGGACACCGGGCUCGCCGGGGAGAGCGUGGAGGGGUCAUCAGCGGAUGGGGAGGAGAUGGAGAGGUACGGGCACCACCGGGCACCGCCGAACACGUCGUGUCGGGGCCUGCGAGUGUGCCUGCCUGUCUACACCGUGGUGGGGGAGCUGGGGGGAACCCGCAACGCCUUGGGGGUCUGGGUCGGCACCGGGGUGGGGAGGGCGCGGUUCGGCUUUGCCGGGGAGAGCAGGGUGGGAACGGACACAGCCGGGACGCCCUUGGCAGGAGCCCGGCCGCGGUCAGAACGGAGGCUGGAGGUGCAGGAGCAGCUGCUGGCCCUGCGGCACUGGCUGGACGCAGUGGAGAAGCGGCUGCCGACGCUGCCGGAGCCCAGCACGGCCCCGCAGGCAAGAGAGUGCCCGGCCAUGGCCGGCUGGGAGACCCUUCGCCACAGCCCCACGGCCGGCUGGGAGACCCCUGGGCUCGUCCACACGAGUCAGCGUCAGGCCGUCCGUCCCCGGCUCCUGCUCCUCGGCCUGACGGUGCUGUUGGCUCGGAGCCCGCGGGCCCCGUCGCCCUACCGGUACCCGCAGCAUCACUGCGUCGGGGCCCUGCUGGCCACAGGGCCACCGACUGCCCCGGGCUCAGCUGCGGCUCCGGGCACGACUGCCCGGGCACGGGAGACAAAGCCGAGGCCGCGCAGAAACCCACCCGACUCCCGGGAUCUGAGGCUGCGGAUUCCAGCCGACCGCUCCCGCCCGGUGCCCCGCGCCGGGCUCCCCUGCCCGGGGCGCCCGUGCCACCCCGAGCCCGGUACCUGGGGCUGCGGAGCGUGCCGGGCGAGCUGCCGCAGGGCAGCUCGGCGGAUCGUCACCCCUCGCCCAGGUCCUGCCCAGUGGGUCCCGGCUGGGACCCGUGGGGUGCCGUGGGGUGCCGGGGGUGCCGUGGGGCUCAACCCCAUGCUGGGCCGCUCGGUGCCAGCAGUGGAAGGCUCCAGAGCCGGGUGGGGAAGAUGGUGCGGAGCCGCCACAGGACGGUGCGGAGCCGCCGAGGCCCUGGCAGAUGCUAAUUCCCGACAGCGUCUCUGGCAGCAGACAAAGCCCCCGGCCCCGCCGCCCGCCGCUCCCAGGGGACCCCGAGCAGCCCCAUCCAUCAGCGUGGCCGACGCGCCGGCAGCGGCCCCCCGGCUCCCGGGGCCCAGCGAGGGCCACCCGUGCAGCACCGUGUGGCAGGACCCCCGCCCUGGGGGGCUCUCGCUGGCCGGGGGGGCCGCGGAGCUGGGUCUGGGCAGGAGCCCCGAGGAACGGGCCGAACCCCCGGGUGACCAAGGCAUCCACUGCCUGGGGCUGGAGCCGGGGGCCACGGCCGGGGGGCAAGUGCUGGUGCCGGGGAAGGUGCUGGUGUGUGUAAUGCUGCAGGGACAGGGGCAGGUGCCGGUGCUGGUGCCGGUGCGGGUGGCGGCCGGUGCCGGUGCCGGUGUCAGUGCGGUGGCGGAGCAGGUGCCGGUGGCGGUGGCGGUGCCCGUGCGGGGUGUCGCCCCCCCGGGCGGCGCGGGGUGGGCGGUGGGCCGGCGCCGCCCCUCCCCCGCGGGAUGGCUGCGGGGCCCCGGGGGUUUCCCCGGUGUGUUUCAUGUCACGGCUCACCAAGGCGCGGGGGUCCUGCCGCUGCCCCCCGCACGGGAGUGCGAGCGCGGGGUCUGCAUGUCGGGGUGUGUGUACACACGUGUGAGUGUGUGCGUGUACACACGUGCGUGUGCAUAUGUGUCGGACUGUGUGUGCGUGUACACGCUGCUGGCAGGGUGGGAGGCCACCUGCCCGUCCUCUGCCUGUCCCCCGCCUGCCCCCCGCCUGCCUGCCCGCCGGUGGGUGCCCCCGGCCACCCCCGGCCACUCCCAGCCCCCCGUCCCCCCGGACAGAUGCUCCUCUCUCCCGGCUCCGCCGCCCUCGUUAAUCCAACGGCACAAGGCGACGCAGGGCGGGAGCAUCUGCCUGUCCCCGGUGCCUGGCGCUGCCGCCACUGCCGCGUCUGCUGCCGAGACGCACAGGACGGGCACCCCGGGCACUGCCCGGCGGGGUCUCCUCCCUCCGCCAGGCCCCAGUGACGGUCAGCGUCCCGUCCCUCCUUCCCUGUGCCCCGGCUCUCGGCAGCCCUUUGCUGCGGGGCCAGAACGCCCCGACGCCGGAGCGGGAGGUCAGGCAGACCCGGCAGAGCGGGGGGGUGGGAGGGGUGACCCGGGCCCCGCGGUGGCCCCGGCAACGCGCGUCCCCUGGCUCGUUGCAGGCCGGGAUUUGAGGCGGGGGCCCGGCGCCCGCGCCAUGGGGAACUCGGUGAGCCGGCCCAGCUGCCUGGGCGAGAAGAGCCGGCGGCCGGAGGAGCUCCUGCGGGAGCCGCCGUGCCGGGAGCCGGGGCUGGAUGAGGGGCAGCCGGCCGCUGGAGGCGUCACGGAGGCCUGGCCGGGGCUGCCGGAGAAGGCGCCGGUGCCGGUGGAGAACGGCUGGAGCCCGGUGCCCGGUGCCGUUCGGAGCCGGCCGGGCAGCCCGGUGCUGAGGCGCAGCCAGUCCGAGGUGGCGGUGCAGAACGGGGGCACGGCCGGCGUUCCGGUGAAGGGGCAGGCGGGGGGCGCAGCCUGGACGCCCCCCCGGGCCAGCGUCCCCCGCAGCACCUGGUCCUGGAAACCUGUCACCACGCGGGAAGUGACGGAGGUGACGGAGGUGACCGAGACCAUCGUGACGGAGAUCGUGGAAGUGACCGAGUAUCCGGCGGGCGAAAAGGGCGGCGAGCCCGUGGUCACCCGGACGGUCACCGUGCUGACGGAGCGUGUGGGGGAGCUCGCUGCCGCCGGCUGCGCCGGACAUGCGGAUGCCACAGAGGUGUCCCCGCGGGCCGUCCCUGUCCCGGAGGAGGUGGCAGGCGCGGAGCGGGGCCAGGAGACGCUGGAGCGGCUGCUGGCCUGGGUGGCCGACAUGGAGGAGCUGGUGAGCAACCAGAAGCCGCCGUCGGCGGAGGCGAAGGUGGCGAAGGCGCAGCUGGAGGAGCAGAAGCUCCUGAAGCGGCUGCUGGAGGAGCGGAGGCCGCGCGUGGAGCUCGUCCUGCAGGACAGACAGACGGCGCACGGCUCCGGCACGGCGGCACCCGAGGGCGGUGCCAGCCUCUCCGACCUCGGGGAGAGGUGGGACAAGCUGAUGCAGGAGGCUGAGGCCAGGUACGGCCGCCUGGAGCGGAUCCUGCCGGCAGCUCAGGGCUUCCAGGAGGCCGUGGAUGCCUUCCAGGAGUGGCUCAGUGCCACGGAGCGACAGCUGGCCCAGCUCUGGCGCACCGACGGCUGCGUCGGCCGUGUGCAGGAUGCCCACCGGCAGACCCAGACCCUCUGUGAGGAGAUCCGCGGGCGGCUGGGAGAGCUGGACAGUGCCCUGGAGAGAGGGCAGCGGGUCCUGGAGAUGGUGACAGGGGAGGAGGCCCAGCUGGUGCAGGAGAAGAUGGAGUCGCUGAGGAUGCGGUACCUCAUCGUGGGCCAGAGCAGCACCGACACCGCACACCGGCUGGGGCAGACCCUGGAGGCCUCGUCCCGCCUGGGCACAGCCCCCGAGGACCUGGCGCUGUGGCUGGGCCGCAUGGAGAAGGAGCUGGGCAAGCGGGAGAGCCAGGAUGACGGCCAGGAGCCCCCAGUCAGCACCGGUGACAGGGAGAAGUUUGAGCAGGUGCUGGAGUCCCAGCUUGCCCGUGUGACCGGGCUGGGCAAGCGGCUGGAGGAGAUCGGCCGCGUGCAGCUGGACUCUGAGGCUCUCGGCUCGCAGCUCUCCGAGCAGAAGCUGCUCUCUGCUGAGGUCCUGCACUGCCGGGGCCUGGUUGAGCGUCUGCUGGGGAUCUCAGACCCGCUGCUGCGCUGCUGCCCCGAGCCCCUGCGGCAGCGCCUCCAGCCGUCGGUGCAGGCGCUGCGGGAGCGCACGGAGCAGCUGUCCCUGCGCAGCGGCGCCUGUGCCGUGCAGCUGGAGCACGCCCAGUCCCUGCUCACCCAGUUCUCCGAGGCACUCGAGGAGCUGCUGCCCUGGCUGGAGGAGACGCGGGCCCUGGGGGUGCAGCUCUCCCCCGACGCCAUCAGCUACGAGGCCUUCAAGGAGCAGCAGGCGCUGCUGCAGAGCCUGCGGGAGGCCAUCGCCGAGCACCGGCCGCUGGUGGGGAAGCUUCAGCGCGUGUCAGCACAGCUGGUGGAGCUGAGCCCGGAGCAGGGAGCCCCGUUCCAGCGGCGCUGGCAGGAGGCCGAGGAGCAGUACGGCUGCAUCCGCGAGCGCGUGCGCCAGGCAGCGGCUCUGCUGGAGGACGCCCUGCCGAGAUACAGCCAGCUGACAGAGCGCAUGGACCUUCUGCUGGAGUGCCUGGAGCGGCUGCAGAGCCGGCUGCAGAGCCAGCCCCCCGUCCGCGGGGACGCAGCCCACCUGCGGGAGCAGAUCCGGGAGAACAGCCUGGCCCUGGGCGAGCUGGAGAAGCUGGGGGUGGCCCUGGAGGGCGUCCAGGCGCAGGGCGGGGAGCUGCUGGCCACCAUGAAGGCAGUCGGCUCCGACGCUGUGGCCAGAGGGAUCCAGGAGCGCACGGAGCAGCUGCUGGCACAGUGGGGGUCCCUGCGGGGCCGCUGUCAGGAGCAGGAGCGGUGGCUGCGGGAGCUGCUGGCGCUGGCCGAGCGCUUCUGGCACGGCCUGUCCGAGCUGGCCCUGGCGCUCAGUGACACCCAGCAGCUGGUGCUGGGGCUGGAGGAGGCUGGCGGGGAGCCCGAGGCCAUCCGCACGCGGCUGCGCACCAUGCAGGCGCUGCGGGAGGAGAUCGAUGCCCUGCAGGGCGAGCUGGACACGCUGGGCAGCCUGGGUGUGGAGCUGAUGGCCUCCUGUGGAGACCCCGACAAGCCCGAUGUCACCAAGAGCCUGGACGAUCUCUACUCCUCCUGGCACAGCCUGAGCCGGGUGUGGAUGGAGCGGAACGGGCGCCUCGAGGAGCAGCUCCAGGCCGCCCUCAGCUACCAGGACACGAUGCAGCGGCUGCUGGAGUGGCUGGACACGGCCGAGCUGCGCAUGGCCGAGGAGUUCCUGGUCGGAGGGGACCUGGACAUGGUGCAGCAGCAGCUGGCAGAGCUCAAGGAGUUCAAGCGGGAGCUGUACCAGUGCAAGGUGGACGUGGAGAGCCUGCGGCACCAGGGGGGCAUGGGGCAGGGGGACCCCCCCGCUGCCCUCAGUGACUUCCGUCAGCGCUGGGACCACCUGGAGGAGGAGAUCGUCAGCAGGCAGCACCAGCUGGAGGCGGCGCUGCUGGGGCUGGGGCAGUUCCAGCACCAGCUGGCAGAGCUGCUGCAGUGGCUGAGCCGCACCGGGGAGCAGCUGCGCGGCCCCGCGCCCCUGAGCCCCGACCUGCAGAGCUGCGAGAUCGAGCUGGCCAAGCACAAGGUGCUGCGGACGGACGUGAUGUCCCACGCCCGCACGGUGCAGUCGGUGACCGAGGCCGGGCAGGGGCUGCUGCUGUCCAGCCUGGGGGAGAGCGUGGAGGGGCUGCAGCGCAGCCUCCAGCAGCUGGGCCAGCGCUGGGACCUGGUGCGCAGCGAGACCGAGAGCCGGCAGCUGGAGCUGGAGAACAACCUCAGCCAGGUGCAGGACAUCACCCUGGAGAUCACGGAGCUGCUGCAGUGGCUGGAGCAGGUGGAGCUGCAGCUCUUCUGCUCCAAGCCGGUCUGGGGCCACCCCGAUGCCACCAAAGAGAAGCUCAACGCACACCUGGAGCUGUGCCGGGAGCUGGAGGCGCGGGCGGUGCCGUACCGGGGGCUGCGGGAGCGGCUGCAGCGGCUGCUGGAGUCGUGCCGCGCCGGGCGGCCCUGCAGCACCGAGCACAGCCUGCGCAUCCUGGAGCAGAAGUGGGAGAGCGUCCAGGCCGAGGCGCAGGAGAGGAAGGAGCGCCUGGCCGAGGGGCUCACGGUCACCACCGAGUUCCACGGCUCCGCCCAGGAGCUGCUGCGCUGGGUGGCCCACGCCGAGGAGCUGCUGGGGUCCCCCGCGCCCCCCAGCUUCGUCCUCGACACCGUCACCGCCCAGAUCCAGGAGCACAAGGCCCUGGUGAAGGAGGCGAAUGCCCACGGGGAGAAGCUGGGCGGGCUGGAGGCCGUGGCCGCGCGCCUGAAGGAUUUCAGCAGGAAGCAGGACGGGGCCGUCAUCCAGAACCUGGUGCUGGCGGCGCGGGAGCGCCUGGGCAAGGUGCUGCAGAGGGCGGCUGAGAGGGGGGCAGCGCUGGAGGAGGCACGGAAACGCAGCAAACAGUUCAGCGAGUCCCGGCGGCUGCUCCUGGACUGGAUGGACGAGGUGGAGCAGAGCCUGGAGGAGCCGCAGGACGCUCCCACCAGCCAGGAGGAGAUCAAGUGCCAGCUGGCUGAGCACAAGGCGUUCCAGAAGGUGCUGCGGGCGAAGCGUCCGGUGUACGAGGCGACCCUGCGGAGCGGGCGGGCGCUGCGGGAGGGGGCCCGGCUCCCCCAGGACCUGCAGCCGCUGGAGGAGCUGCUGGGGGAGCUCAAGGAGCGCUGGGACGCGCUGUGCAGCCGCGCCGCGGAGAGACAGCACAAGCUGGAGGAGAACCUGCUCUUCUCGGGCAAGUUCACGGACGCGCUGCAGGCCCUCAUGGACUGGCUGUACCGCGCCGAGCCGCAGCUCAGCGAGGACGUGCCCGUCGGGGGGGACCGGGACCUGGUCGGGGACCUCGUGGACAAGCACAAGGGGUUCCAGAAGGAGCUGGGCAAACGUGCCAGCUGCAUCAAGACGCUGAAGCGCUCGGUGCGGGACCUGACGCGCGGCAGCAGCAGCGUGGACUCGCAGUGGCUGCAGCGGCAGGUGGAGGAGCUCAGCACCCGCUGGGACCUGGUCUGCAAACUCUCCCUCUCCAAGCAGGCCCGGCUGGAGGCUGCACUGCGGCAGGCAGAGGAGUUCCACACCCUGGUGCACUCCUUCCUGGGGCGCCUCUCCGAGUCGGAGAAGACCCUCAAGUACGGCGUCUUCCCCGAGGAGGAGGUGGCCGUGCAGGAGUGCCAGAGCCAGCUGCAGGAGCUGAUGCAGUCCCUGCAGUGCCAGCAGCUGGAGCUGGAGUGCAUCACCUCGCUGGGGGAGGAGAUCCUCGCCACCUGCCACCCCGACUCCGUCAUCACCAUCAAGUCCUGGGUCACGGUCGCCAAGAGCCGCUUCCAGGAGGUGCUGAGCUGGGCCCAGCAGCAGGGCGAGCGGCUGCGGGCGCAGGCGGCCGUGCUGGCGGCCGAGCGGGAGGAGACGGAGCAGCUCAUGGACUGGAUCACGGCGGCUGAGGAGGCCCUGGGGCUGCGGGACCAGGAGCCGCUGCCCGAGGAGGCCGAGCAGCUGGAGGAGCUCAUUGCCCAGCACACGGUGUUCAUGGAGGAGCUGAACCGCAAACAGCCCGACGUGGAGAAGGUCACCAAGAGCUGCAAGCGGAAGCUGGCGGCAGAUCUGGGCCCCCCGACCGCCCGCAGGCUGGCCACACGGCGCCGCAGUGGUGGGAAGGCGCAGGGUGCGGCGGUGGUGCCGCUCGGGGGGCUGGAGCCCCAGACACCCCUCAUGGCCCAGCUCCUGCACCGCUGGCAGCAGCUCUGGCUGCUGGCCCUGGACCGGCAGUACCGGCUGGAGACGGCCCUGCAGCGCCUGCGGGAGCUGGAGGAGUUCGCGCACUUCGACUUUGGGGUCUGGAGGAAGCGCUACAUGCAGUGGAUCAGCCAGAUGAAGUCCCGUGUCCUGGACGUUUUCCGCGGCAUCGACAGGGACCAGGACGGGCGCAUCAGCCAGCGGGAGUUCAUCGAGGGUGUCCUCGCCUCCAAGUUCCCCACCAACGUGCUGGAGAUGAACGCCGUGGCCACCAUCUUCGACAUGAACGGCGACGGCUUCAUCGACUACUAUGAGUUCGUCAGUGCUCUGCACCCCAACCGGGACCCCCUGCGCCGCUCCGCCGAUGCUGACCAGAUCCAAGAUGAGGUGAACAGGCAGGUGGCCCAGUGCAACUGUGCCAAGCGCUUCCAGGUGGAGCAGAUCAGCGCCAACAGGUACCGGUUCGGGGAGUCCCAACAGCUGCGGAUGGUGCGGAUCCUGCGCAGCACCCUCAUGGUGCGGGUGGGCGGGGGCUGGAUCGCCCUGGACGAGUUCCUGGUGAAGAACGACCCCUGCAGAGUGAAGGGAAGGACCAACCUGAAGAUCAACGAGAAGUACCUGUCCCCGGACGCCUUCGGGACCGCCGCCAGGUGUGCGGGGAACCAGUCGGCCGCCUCCUCCAAAGUGCUGUCCCCGAGCCGCUCCAACUCCAGCCUCAGCCUCUACAGCAGCGCCUCGGCUCCCAGCAGCCCCCUGGCCAGGAAGUCGGUGCUGCGGAGGACGCGCUCCGGGGAUCGGUGUCCGCGCUCCCGCGGCUCGGGGCUGCCCGACGGAGCCGAGCUGCAGUUCAGCGCGGCCGAGGAGAGCCUGGCUGUGGCACUCCCAGAGCCGCCCGAAGGGUCCCCCCCGGAGCGCUGCAGCCCCUGCCGCUGACCCCCGCGCCCGCCCUGCGCCAGCACCCUCGGCCGGCCCCACUCAGGACCCUCCUCCCCGAGGCCGGAGGACGGCGAAGCCGCGGCCGUGCGCCCCGCGGGGCUCGGGCCCGGCGCUGCGGCUCCCCGAGCGGGGCUGAGCCGUCUGUCCGUCACCGAUCCCGCCGGGACUGGCCCCGGCGGAUAUGCAAGUACCCCCCGACACCCUCCAAGCCCCCGGGCGCUGGUCCCCUUCCCCACGGCUCCACCGGGCAGCGCGGGGGGAUCCCGAGCCCCCGCGCCCCGCUCCGAGUGCCCGGGGCUGCGGGUCCGGCCGGGCACCCCCGCGCUGGGCCCCGCGCCUCUCCCGCGCCGUCGGCUCGGAGCGGCCGCGGUGUCCCCCCGGCAUCUGGCGUUGCUGACGGGGGUCCCCCACCCUGCUGCCCACGCCCCGGCGGGAGGUGGCCGGGCUCGGUACCCGGGCCCCGGGCCCCCGUUUCUGGUGCUAACCCUCACCCCUCUGCCUUCGGUGUGCGCGCAGGGGGCCCCGGCUCCGGCCGCCCCCCGCCCCGGUGGGGCUGCCGCGGGCGGGGGUCCCUCGCACCCGCGCCCCCGCCCCGCCGGCGGCCCCGGCGGGCAGCGGGACCCCCGCCCUGCUGCCGCAUGUUCACGCACCCCGCUAACCGGAGAGCAGUAGAGCUGAAUGUAACCCCGGCCGGGCCCGCCCGCCGCCACAAUAAACUGUAGUGAGGUUCCUUUUUCUA